AUGGGGCUUCGCCGUCUCUUCCCCGUCUUGGGCUUGCUCCUCCUCUCUGCGUCGCUGCUUCCGCUCGCUUCCUCACGAGAAUAUCCGUCGCAGUCAAUCGGUCGCCCGCGCCCUGAAUUCGACUGCAGCAAGACGUCUUGGCCCGAGGUCGUGGGCAUGAGAGGCGAGGCGGCUCGUGCCUACAUUAAGACGUCUGUGCCGGAGUGCAACUGGUACAUCCAAAUUAUCCCUUAUGGGAUGAUGGUCAUGCAGGAUUAUCGCACGGAUCGCAUUCGCAUCCACGUGGACGAAGACGGGUUUGUUCACACAAUUCCCGUGGUUGGAUCUGAGGAUCCAUCCUUUGGGUACGCCUUAGAGGCUUUCGUAGAGCCGUCCAUUUCCGAAACCUCUGUAGCGAAAGGGGCUACAGGUAGGAAGCGGCGCGCGCGCACGUCGAAAUCGGUUAGCGCGACUGACGGACCUGCAGAUGACGUGGCUAGAUCUGACAGUGAUGCCGUAGUUCCACGUGGCAGCGAGUCGGUGAAUGCGCUGGAAUCUACCCUGGGUCAAGAAAGUGUCACACGCGUAACUGGCAGGCGAGGUCGCCGAGUGGCUAGUAACGAAACUGCUAGUAGCGAGGAUUCGGGUGCGGGGAAGCCUGCAGCUGGCGGAACCGGAAAGAGGACGCGCGGCCGACCGCGGAAGCAGGCGGAAGGGGGAGCGGCGGAAGCGGAGAAGCCGCCGUCCAGCCCCAAAGUUGGGGCGGAAGGAAACGCGGGCGAAGGAGAAUCUGCAGUGAUUGAGGGGAAAGCUGUAGCAGAGGCUGAAGGCGCGCCGAAGAAGGCAGGUAGGAGUAGGUGGAGCGCAGACGAGCUUUUGCUGUCUCGCGGGCUGACCACACAGGCUGUAGCAGCGUCCUCCCCGGCUGUAGCAGGGCCAUCCCAGGCUGUAGCAGGGCCGUCCCUGGCCGUAGCAGGGCGAGAGUCUCAGGCUUUCAGAUCUGCGUAUUCUAAUCGAGCUAGCUAUAGUACGGACGGAACGCGACGGGAGCGCGCGGAAGGAGGAGCGGCGGGCGGGAUGAGAGGCGCCGCAGCGGGCGGGGGAAAAAGGGGGUCCCAAGGUGCUGACGUGGCGGCAGCAGGGGGAAGAGCGGAAAGAGCAGCGGAUGCGGGUCCUCAGGCCAGGGGGAAGGGCGGGAAGGGGAAGGGACGGGGCGGAGGCGGAGGCGGGGGAGAGAAAGGCGGAGGAAAAGGCGGAAGGGGAGGCGGAGGGGAUGGCGGAGCGGUAGGGGGGGCAGGGGGGGAGAAGCUGGCGCAGAACAGAACAGCUUAUCUGCAGGUGCUGGGGACGGGAAUGGACACGGGGGACACUUCCCCCUGCGUGCUGCUGUUCUUCGAGCGGCUGCGCCUGGUGUUCAACGCGGGCGAGGGGCUGCAGCGCCUCUGCAUAGAGCACCGAAUUCGCCUCUCUAAGGUGGAUAAGAUCUUCCUCUCCCGCGUGUGCACCGAGACGGCUGGCGGGCUGCCAGGCAUGCUGCUGACGCUCGCCAACACGGGGGAGACAGGUGUCACGGUGGACAUCUGUGGACCGUCGGAUCUUCAUCGGCUCGCAGCAGCCAUGCGCUGCUUCGUGGGCGCAGCUUCGGUCCGAACCUCCAGCUUCGGCAGCAGCAGCCCUGGGCCAGCAGCAGCAGCAGCCAGUUCCCUCAACACCAUCGCCUCGAUUAGCAGCACGGUGCUCCCUUCGCCGUCCGCUUCCUUCAAGGAGUUGACUCUCUUGCAACUGAAGGGAGGCGGAUUGGCAGGAGAGGGAGCGACAGGUGUCAGUUCCAAAGCGGCCCUCCCCUCUGCCACGUCAGCGAAGCGUCCCAGUCCUUCCGGCCCUGCUGGCAUCAGCAGCGGGUGGGACACAGUCAGCGCUGGAAUUGAGAAGCGUGCGAGGGUGGAUGGGGAGAGAAGGGAGGAAGCAUCAGGAGCAGCAGUGGGGAAUGUGGCAUCAAUGGCGGCACCAGCAGCAGCAGGCAUGGGAGGAACAGCAGCAGCUGCGGGGAUGGCAUCAGUGGUGUAUGUGUGCGAGUUGCCGACAGCAGCAGGGAAGUUCGACCCAAAACGCGCAGCAGCCAUGGGCAUCCGCCCGGGCCCCAAGUACCGGCGAUUGCAGAUGGGGGAGAGCGUUCCUUCGGACGAUGGGAGUAAGACGGUUAACCCUUCUGACGUGCUCGAAGCAUCGAUCCCAGGCCCUGUUGUCCUCCUUAUAGACUGCCCCACUGCAAGCCACACGCAAGCCCUCCUGCAGUCGCCGCAGCUGCAGCGAUUCUGCAUCAGCCACCGCCAGGAAUCCAAGAGUGACAAUAACGGGAAGAGUGACAGUAACGGGAGUGACUAUAAGGAGGUGACAGUGGCAGUGCAUGUGAGCCCAGAGGCGGUGGUGGAAGAGGAGCAGUAUCGGCAGUGGAUGGGCAUGCUGGGUCCCAACACCACGCACGUACUGGCAGGGCAUGGCAGGGCCUUCGAGUGCCCGCCUGUGCUUGCGGGGAGUGCUGCUCUGACGACAAAGCUGCACUACGUGUGUCCACACCUCUUUCCUGAACCGUAUGAUCACACUCUGACAAGGAGGACAGGGGAAGCCGCUGCAGCAGGAGGAGGAACAUCAGCAGCAGCAGCAGCAGCAGCACAGAAGUAUGAGCUGCAGCCUGUGGAUGGACUCCCGCUCGGCCCAGUCGUCAUUGCCAAGAACCUUCUCAAGGUCAACCUGAGAGGUGCCCCCGUUCUAGGAGUUGACACGUCAGCAGUGCCGCCCGAGUUCAACGCCAGGAGCACUGUUCACCACCUGCUGCGGAACAUUCCGGAGCUCGAGGAAGCUUCCAAGAAGGUGGCUGCGGACUGGGGAUUGGGGAGCAAGGAGAAGGAGGGGGAGAAAAUGGGGGAGGUUGAGGAAGAGAGGAUGGGAGACGAAGGGGAAAGGGGAGGAGGGAGAGGAAGGAGCGAGGGAGGGAGGAGUGAGAAGGAUGUGCUGCAGCAGGGUGUUGAUAAGGAGGACAAGGCACCGGCUUGCCUACAAGGCAUGGGCAGGGAGGAGGUGGAGGUGGUGUUUCUCGGCACAGGCUCAUCCCAGCCGUCCAAGUACCGCAAUCUGAGUGGCAUCUACGUUCACCUGUUCGACCGGGGAGGGAUGAUUCUGGACUGCGGGGAGGGCAGCUACGCGCAACUGACCAGACGGUUCGGGCCUGAAAAGGCGGAGGAUAUUAUAGCGGGUCUGAAGUGUAUUUGGAUCUCCCACAUUCACGCCGACCAUCACACGGGGCUCGUCAGAAUUCUUGCUGCCCGAAGAGACAUUCUUUUGCGCCGGGCAGCUCAGCGGGCAGCUGAACGGGCAGUCCCCAGGGCAGGUUCUCAGGAAACGUUUGAGAAGAUGGAGACAGAGGAACUAGACAAUAGUGCUACAGUGCCCGUGCCGCCUAUUCUGGUCGUCGGGCCGAAGCAGCUUCGGCGGUAUCUGGAGGCGUAUCAGACGUUUGAAAGCCUCCACUCGACGUUUUUGGACUGUAGCCAAACGACAAGAGAUGCAGCCGCUCUUGCUGCCAAAGCAGGAGCAGGGUUCCACCUGGAGGACGGGGGUUUGGACGAGCCGGGCAGGCGGCAGCUGGGGGAGGUGUUAUCUGCGCUUGGGCUGACCCGGCUGGAGAGUGUGCCUGUGGUGCAUUGCCCCCAGGCGUUUGCUGUGGUGCUGGAGGGGCGGGUGAGGGGGCGAGAGAAGGGGCGGGUGAAGGGGAGAGAGAAGGGGAGAGAGAAGGGGAGAGAGAAGGGGAGAGAGAAGGGGAGAGAGAAGGGGAGAGAGAAGGGGAGUGGUGAGGAAGCUUUGUGGAAGCUGGUGUAUUCGGGUGACACUCGCCCGUGCGAUACUGUGAGGGCGGCGAGUCGAGGCGCCACAGUGCUGAUUCACGAGGCGACCUUUGAGGAUGAUUUGCAGCACGAGGCGAUAGCUCGAAAGCACAGCACGACAAGUGAGGCGGUGGAGGUGGGUGCAUCUGCCCCCGCCUAUCGCACCAUUCUCACCCAUUUCAGUCAGCGCUACCCUAAAAUUCCCCGCCUUGCGCCGCCGGUGAAAAAUAAGAAGAGAGGGGAUGGUGGUGCAGGUGGUGGAGAUGUGGAGGGCGGCGAGGGUGGGAGUGCGGCGAUUGCGUUUGAUUUGAUGUCGGUGAAUUUUUGCGACUUGCCGAGGCUGCCGGAGUUGGUGCCUGUUUUUCAGCUUCUGUUUAGGGAUGCGUUGGAAGAGGAGGAAGAGGAGAAAGAGGAGGGAGAAUGA